AUGCCCCAAGAACAAGGAAAGGCCGAUGCGGAAUCCAGCAUCAAGCGUAACCCUCAUCCCGAUUUCGCCAAAGUGCAAGCUUCUCGACCCGAUUAUGAAAGAAGAGACUUUCAAUUCAGUAAAACGGUAGAGCCGAAUUGGACCUACGGCUCUGGGGGCAACGACGGUGGUGCAAGUCUUGAAAAGAACCACAUCGACAUCGAUCCCUACGCCGAGGGCCGCCAAGCGGCGCAGAACUACAAGUUACUAAUCUCGGGCAUCGUGCCACGGCCCAUCGGGUUUUUGAGCACCAGGUCAAAGGAUGGUGAGUCGACGAACUUAUCGCCGUUUUCGUACACGCAGGUGGUUAGUCAUGAUCCGCCUCUUUUCACUGUCGGGUUUUCAGGCGGGAUGGAUAACGCGAAGGAUUCGCUGAGGAAUUUGGUGGAGUCGCAAGAGUGCACGAUCAAUAUUGUUUCGGAGCAUUUCAUUGAGGCGGCGAAUGCGACGUCAAUUGAUGCGCCGUAUGGGGUUUCGGAAUGGGCGUUGACCGGUUUGCAUCCAGCGCCAUGCAAGGAUGUCAAGUGCUCCAGGGUAAAGGAGUCGGUGUUUAGCGUUGAGGGAAAGCUAGUUGAGACGAGGGAGUUUGAGUCGAGGACUACGCCUGGGAAGAAGACGGGGGUUAUGGCUAUUGUUGAGGGGGUUAGGUUUUGGGUUAGAGAGGAUGCUAUUGAUAAGACAAGGAGUCUUAUUGAUCCCAACGUAUUAAGACCGAUGUCGAGAUUGGGUGGGAUCAGUUAUGCGAGAGUAAGUGACGGUUUGGAGAUCCCGAGACCGGUAUUUGCAGCGGAGAAGAAGGCUGGAAAGUUGAAUGAGAGUCUGAUGAAGCCGAAGGUGGACGGACAAUAA